AUGGCGUUGAUUACGGGAGGCCUGGGUGGCUUGGGCAUGCUGGCGGCCAACGAGUUGGCCAUCGCCGGCAAGGACCACAUUGUGGCCACAUCGCGCAGUGGUAAACCCACAGGGAUGCCACCGGCACUGCAACAAUUGAUGGCCGCAAUGCAGACCACUUGCCCUCACUACAUGGUGAAGGCCGACGGCUCCGAUGGGGCGGUCAUGAUGGACACCAUCCAAGCCUUUUGCCGUCCGGGGCUUUUGGCGGAGUCGGCGGUGACACUGGGCACCGUGAUCUCCCAAACUCGGGCGCAGCUGGAGACGAUGCCCGAGGAGCUUGUCAGGCCGUCUUUGGAGACGCUGGAAAGGAUCAAGAAGGAGAUCAUCGACACCGCCAAGGAGGCCAGCGACAAGGUCCACUUCGGGGCCGAUGUGACGGUGGAAGAUGCCCAGGAGGUUCGUGACCGCGAAGAUGAAGUGGUAGACACCAUUGCCAAGCUGAAGCAACGUGCUGAAGGAGCUGUCGGUGGAGCUGGCGCAGCCCAACUGCGUGCCAUUCAGAAGACCGGCUCCGAGCUCGCAGAACAGGUCCAGGAGCUGGGCGUGAAGAUUAAGAACAUCACGACCGAAACGAAGUUGGCCUUGCCCCAGCGUCGGAUGGGCAUUGAUACGGUGGUGCACGCCGCUGGUGUGCUGCAAGAUGGUCUGAUUCUUCCCAACCUGCAGAAGGCGCCAGAAAUGUGGAGCAUUGUAUACGGCUGCAAGGCGCAUGGUGCCUGGCAGAUUCAUCAAGCGACCACGGCGCUCUGA